AUUUCUCACGCCAAAAGCGGUAUGACUCACCCGUCAAGCUUACUAUCAGUCAUCCAUUCAUGCCACGCAUUUUAUCAACGAAGCCUCUUUUGCAUCUCAUCCAAGCCCAACCAUCACAGCCAACAUUAAACGCAUUCCGUCCAUCAUGCUCAUCAAACUCGACGACCUCUCCAGCCCGGAGACCCGCGCCCUCCUGGCCCUCCACAUCGCCGAUCUCCAAGGCAAAUCGCCCGCCGAGUCCUGCUACGUCCUCGACCUCACGGCCCUCCAACAGCCUGCGAUCUCCCUGUAUACGGCCUGGCAUGGCCCGAACCUCCUCGGCUGCGGCGCACUGAAAGAGCUCUCGCCAACCUCAGGCGAAAUCAAGUCCAUGCGCACGGCGGCGGCACAUCUCCGCAAAGGUGUGGGGCGCGCCCUCGUGCAACAUAUCAUUCGUGAGGCGCGGAGAAGGGGGUAUGUGUGCUUGAGUCUGGAGACGGGGACUGACGGGUCGUUUACGGCAGCGAGGGAGUUCUAUGCUGGCCAGGGGUUCGAGGUCUGUGAAGCGUUUGGGGAUUAUGUUCCCCGUGCCGGGAAUUGGUUUAUGACGUUGAGGUUGGGUUGAAUGGAAUAUUGAUUUGUGUUGAAACAAUAGCAAAUCGUUGAAUGAUUCCGUAAUGACGCCCGAUCUAGGCUGUGCUAAUAGUACUUGUGCAGGGUAUCAAGCUCACAAAGGGGUAUGUAGGUAGUUACCUAGCGAAUAGAGCGCAGCUGCGACGACUGAGAUUGGAAGUAGCUCAUGUAUGUGCUUGAUUGAAGAGAAUAAGCUCAACGGUUGUCCUGGAUGUAUGUGAGCCAAAGUGUUCGGUCUGUCGCAAGAUUGACACAUGCGCUAGUCAAUUAGGCGAUUGUUCCCGACGAGCACAUGCUCCAGUCCCAACAUUUGUAUG